UAGAGGAAUUUACAUCGUGCUUAUAAGAAGGAGUUCUUCGUUUUCGCCGCCGCCGUCACCAUGGUUGUAGGAUACCCCGGAUACGAAUCUGGAUACCAUUACGGAGGUGAGGAGCAAGGACACGAAGUAAGCUACGAAUCUGACUACGGACACCUUGCUUCUGAGCGCAUCUCCCUCGAAGGUCACCACGACUACGGACACCACGAUGAUGAACUCGUAGACUACUACGCUCCUCCCAAGUAUGCCUUCAAGUAUGGAGUCAAUGACUUCCACACCGGAGAUGUCAAGUCCCAGCACGAAACUCGCGAUGGUGAUGUUGUCAAGGGACAGUACUCCCUCGUUGAGCCCGAUGGCUCUGUCCGUACCGUUGACUACACCGCCGACAAGCACAAUGGCUUCAAUGCCGUCGUGCACACCACGAAAGCCCUCCAUGAUCAUCACGAUCAUCACUACUUGGCUGUCUGCCUCGCCAUCGUCGGUGUUGCUGCUGCUUCCGUUGCUCCUCUUGCCCAUCCUGGCCUCGUUGCCAAGGUCUACGAUGCCCACUAUGCUGGUGACUACUACUCCCACCCACAGUACUCCUUCGACUAUGGAGUUCACGAUAGCCUGAGUGGUGACGUCAAGUCCCAGCACGAAGUCCGUGAUGGUGAUGUUGUCAAGGGACAGUACUCCCUCGUUGAGCCCGAUGGCUCUGUGCGCACCGUCGACUACCACGCUGAUGAUGUCAACGGUUUCAACGCUGUUGUGUCCAAGAGCGCCCCUGCCAUCCACGCUGCUCCCGCUGUUGUUGCCCACGCUGCCCCAGCUGUGGUUGCUCACGCUCCCGCCCCAGCUGUGACUGUUGCCCGUUCCGCCAUUGCCGCCCCUCUGGCUGCUCCCCUUGCCUACAACGCCUACCCCCAUGCCUACCCCUACGGACACGGAUACGUCCAUGGUGCUCCUCUCCUGAGAUCGCACAUUGCCCCAUUCGGCUACGGCUACGGCUACCACUAUUAAGAACCUUCAAGUUUCCCUAAAAAAAACCCUCUCCACCCACCCGAAGCUGCCAUUUAAUAUUUAUUCCUUCGAUCUUUACCCCCGCGACUUUAUAUGUUUCUUGUGACUAACCACCCCCACUUUCCCAACCUUACAAUAUCCUUUUACUUAUUCUUCCACAUGUACACCACGCUCAAGCGCUCUAACCCCGCGACCAAGUCCGAUUUUCCAUGUUGUUUGUGUUCUUCACGCGAUGAGACAUCCGAACCGUGUCCACUGCCAAAAAGCCGAUGCGAAUAAAUCAUGUACAGUC